AUGGCCAGAUUAUUACAGGCCCUGUUGUUCCUGGUGAUCACAGUGGGCCUUGUGUCUAGGAGAGUCCAAGCCUGGGGCUCACCGAAGAUUGUGAGGCCAUUUGAAGACAUCCCCGAAACCUAUGUCUAUGUGCAGCAAGCACUCUGGUAUGCCAUGAAAGAGUAUAACAAGGCUAGCAAGGACCAGUACAAUUUCAAGGUGGUGAACAUCCUAAAAUCUCAGGAGCAGAUUACAGACAGUCUGGAGUACUAUCUCGAAGUAAACAUUGCCCGGACAAUGUGCAAGAAAAGUGUUGGAGAAAAUGAAAACUGCUUGCUUCAACAAAAUCCUAAAAUGAAAAAGAUGGUGUUUUGCAUUUUUAUUGUUAGAUCCAAACCUUGGAAAUUUGAACUUAAAAUGCUGAAGAAACAAUGCAAAGAUAUCUAA